ACGUUUUUUUCGGCCAGCUUCACGUUGCUGUGAAGCUGUGUUGCGCCGGAUUGAAAAUGGCUUCGUCUUUUUGGAAAGGUGUUGUUGGUGUAGGCCUUUUUGCUUUGGCCCACGCAGCUUUCUCGGCAGCGCAACAUCGCUCAUACAUGCGAUUGACAGAAAAAGAGAAUGAAACUCUUCCAGUAGAUAUAGUCUUACAGACAUUGUUAGCAUUUGUGGUUACAUGUUGUGGAAUAGUCCACAUCUCUGGAGAGUUUAAAGACAUGGAUGCUUCUUCAGAGCUCAAACACAAGACGUUUGACACCUUGAGAAACCACCCAUCGUUCUAUCUGUUUAAUCAUCGAGGCAGGGUGCUCUUCAGUUCCACUGAACAAGAGCCUGCUGCCCCCACCCAGGCCUUACCCUCAAACCCCCUGCGGUUACGCAAGCUGGAGAACUUUCAUUGAGACUAGCCUUGAAAGGGCAGCUGUGCCCAUCUUGACCCCAUUUUUUCUGCGUCCAUAAAAACACCUCAAAUGGAAAGGGAAGAUAUACAUAUUUUCCUUUCACCCUUUUUUGUGCAUAUGUAAAUAUGCUGAACAAAUCUGAAUCUCAUCAAUGUGGUAACUACUUUGACAUCUAUGGACUGUGCCAACCCCUUUUUUUUUUUUUUUUUCCAACCAGUACAUUUGUAAAUACUUGUUAUUGUUUGGGAGUCUUAAGUCUGAAAGAAACUCCUGUAGCCCUUUGCAUUGCACAUUAAGGGGGGGGGGAAUGAUGUCAUUCGUCUGCUCAACCAGAGGCAUCAAUCCCAUUAUCCACACCCAUAGGUUUGCCACAUUUUCUGGUGUCCUGCCAUGUUUUCUGUUUUCUCCCCGCUGUGCUGUGCUCACAGGACGUUAAUACUUUGGACCAUUACUUGUAUGUGUGUUCAGAUAUGCCAUUUGCGACUGAUGGACUUAAAAAUAGGAUUUGGAAUGCAGAUUGUUUGUAGUUAGUGAAAUCAAUAAAUGAUACCUGAUUGCGAAAGUAAGAAUUCUAACUAAGGAGUGCUAACAAUACUGUGAACACACUGGAAAACUAAUGGUACACUUGCCUUUCUUGGGUGGGUGGGCAUUGUUUUUCCAUUUUGUUUUAUGUUAUGAUGCAUUUGAUCAUUUUUAACUUAUUGAAAUAAAAAUCUGAGGUUUUAUUGA